AAAUACAAAAUAACACUUAGAUAUCCUGGAUUGCCGCUAUUAGUCACGAAAUCUGGGAUGUUUCCCAUGGAACUUUGUUACUCGGUUGACGCCCAAUUCUAUAAAGAUGUUUUGGAAGGACAACACAACGCAGAGUUCAUCAAAUGGGCUACUGCUCCUGCUUUCGCUCGAAAGUCUGCUAUUCAGAAGAACGUCGAAGUCCUUCAAUGGAAUUCGCAGCAAAUACUCAAACAAAGCGGAAUCGCAGUAUCUGAAAAGCUAAUGGAAUUAAAAGCCAGAGUAUUGCCUGCACCACUUCCGUGUUACGGUACAGGAACCGAUCCUCGUCCCAAUGAGACCGGUCGAUGGAAUUUGAGAGGCAAAAAGCUAUUGAAGCCCUGCAAAAUCGAAUCGUGGGGAAUGGUGUUUUUCCCGGGUCAGAACGCUGGAGGUUCCAUUCAGACUUUUGGGGAUGCACUCUGUUAUGCCUUGGCCGGCGCCGGGAUAAGUCUUCCACGCCGAGCGCCAGAAACCCUUCUUGGCAAUCCCCAUGGGGAAAUCGAGAAGAUUUGCGUGGAUAUCAUGUCCAAAGCAUCGCACGCCUUUCAAAAGAUGCCAAAUAUUCUAAUCUUUGUUCUCCCGAGCCGCAGCGAGCGACUCUACCGAGCUCUCAAAAACAUCUGCGAGGCAAAGUUGGGCAUUGCAUCACAGGUGCUUUGCUGGGACAAAGCCGGCCGUCCUCGGGGACAGGACCAAUAUCUCGCAAAUGUAGCCAUCAAAGUCAAUGUCAAACUCAAUGGUAUAAAUCAUGAGCUCAAAGAGGAAAUUUUCCUAAAGAAGCGGACCAUGCUGAUGGGAGCUGACGUCUCGCACCCUUUCCCCGCCCAAUUGCGCAAGAAUCCACCACCUCCCUCGUUUUCUGCUCUUGUUGCCACAUACGACAAGGCCUGCAGCGCGUAUACGGCAAUCGCAAGCUGCCAAGAAGCAACCACGCAAAUGAUAUCGGAUUUUAGACGAAUGGCCCAAGAGGUACUCGAAAGGUAUAAACAGAAGAAUAAUAACCUCCUCCCGGAGCAGAUUUUCUUUUUCCGCGAUGGGCUCUCCGAGUCCGAGUUUGCACAGAUAAUGGCCGACGAAGCCCAGCCGUUGAUUGACCUAUGCAAAGAGUAUGCACCUCGCGCACCGAAAAUAACAGUCAUCGUUGCUAUAAAGCGCCAUCACACGCGCAUUUUCCCCGGAACCAAUGUCCGAGGCGACAAAAACGGAAACGUCAUGCCGGGGACCGUCCUGGAAAACUCUUCCGGUCACGACAUUUUCCUAGUUGCCCAUCCUGGCCUACAAGGCACCGUCAGGCCCACGAGAUAUAUAGUCCUGAAAGACGAAAACAAUCUCGCCGCCGAUCAGUUCCAGCGCCUCGUCAACAAUUUAUGCUGGUCCUAUGCUCGAGCCACUACGGCAGUAUCCCUAGUCCCACCAGUUUUUUACGCAGACCAGGUUUGCUCUCGGGCGAAGAUGCAUGUUCGGAGAAUGGAAAAUGGCACGCUCGUCCUUGCGCCUCCGCAGGGGAACGUCAAAUAUAGCAUGUACUGGCAGUGAUUACGUCUGAUAGUGCGCCGAUUCCUCUGCAUUUUUUUUUUCUUCCACAUAUCUUCCGUUCUCAUACUGGGUUUCUCGAUACGGAAAUGUAUCCCAAUUGCCUC